CUCCCUCUUUCCUUGGCCCUUAUCCGCGUCUUCUCUAAGGCCCAGGAGCGGUCCUGGCAGUGGCGCGCUCACGAGUCCGCCGGUGGAAGCGGUCACGCGCACGCACGCUUGUGCGCAAGCCCGUUCCCUCAGAACCCGGAAGUGCGAGACCGAGGAGAGCCACGUGGGUCGAGCUGGGGUGCAGCUCGCAUGGGGGAGUCUAUCCCGCUGGCCGCCCCGGUCCCGGUGGAACAGGCGGUGCUGGAGACGUUCUUCUCUCACCUGGGUAUCUUCUCUUACGACAAGGCUAAGGACAAUGUGGAGAAGGAACGAGAGGCCAACAAGAGCGCGGGGGGCAGCUGGCUGUCGCUGCUGGCGGCCUUGGCGCACCUGGCCGCGGCCGAGAAGGUCUAUCACAGCCUCACCUACCUGGGGCAGAAACUAGGGGGCCAGUCUUUCUUCAGCAGGAAGGAUUCCAUCCGCACCAUCUAUACUUCGUUGCAUAAUGAGCUGAAGAAGGUGGUGACUGGCCGUGGUGCCCUGGGUGGGACUGCUCCUCACGUGGAAGAACUCCUUUCCCACCUGUCAGAGCAGCUCUGCUUCUUUGUUCAGGCUCGGAUGGAGAUCGCAGACUUCUAUGAGAAGAUGUACACCCUCAGCACACAGAAGUUCAUCAAUGCUGAAGAGCUCGUUGGCCUUUUGGAUGCCAUCCUGAAAAAAUACAGCUCCAGAUUUCACCACCCAAUCCUCAGUCCUUUGGAAAGCAGUUUCCAGCUGGAAGUUGACGUCCUGUGUCAUCUCCUGAGAGCCCAGGCCCAGGUCUCAGAGUGGAAGUUCCUCCCGUCUCUGGUUAAUUUACACAGUGCGCACACCAAACUGCAGACCUGGGGCCAGAUCUUUGAGAAACAGCGGGAGACCAAGAAACAUCUGUUUGGAGGGCAGUCUCAGAAGGCUGUGCAGCCUCCACAUCUUUUCCUUUGGCUGAUGAAACUCAAAAACAUGCUUCUUGCUAAGUUUAGCUUUUACUUUCAUGAGGCUCUGAGCCGACAAACGACUGCUUCAGAAAUGAAAACGUUGACAGCAAAAGCUAACCCAGACUUUUUUGGAAAGAUUUCCAGCUUCAUCAGAAAAUAUGAUGCUGCCAAUGUGUCCUUAAUUUUUGACAACAGAGGUUCUGAGAGUUUUCAAGGUCAUGGUUAUCACCACCCCCAUUCCUACAGAGAGGCCCCCAAGGGUGUGGACCAGUAUCCAGCUGUAGUGUCUCUGCCCAGCGACAGGCCAGUCAUGCACUGGCCCAAUGUCAUCAUGAUCAUGACGGACCGCACAUCUGAUCUGAACAGCUUGGAGAAAGUGGUCCACUUCUAUGAUGACAAAGUUCAGAGUACCUACUUCCUAACCCGCCCGGAACCUCACUUUACCAUUGUCGUCAUUUUUGAGUCAAAGAAAUCUGAGAGAGACUCCCACUUUAUUUCCUUCCUCAAUGAGCUCUCACUUGCCCUUAAGAACCCCAAAGUGUUUGCAAGUCUGAAACCUGGAUCCAAAGGUUAGCAGGUGAUUUGUGUGGAGGGGUUUCAAGACUAGAAACUGUUCUUAAUUGCCCUAAUGAUAUACGGUGGUCUGUGAAUAGAGUUUACAUCCACUCAUGCCUCUUUCAGAACUAAAUUAAAGACAAAUCCUCCCUGUGUUGCACACGUUAUAAGCAAUUAAGGCCAAUUGAAUUAAGUUUCCAAAGAGUAAUCUAGGAAGUGGUCAUGGUACAGCAAAGUAGUUUCAGUAUUUUCCCCUAUUUUCUUGUAUUUCUUGUAGAUUGAAUAUUUAUUGGGCUUUUUUUUUUCCCAUAUGUUUUUCUGUUGUUCUAAACAUUGUGUUCUACUGCAAUUCCAAACAUCCUCUCUGUUUCCCUCCUUCUUGGAAGAGUAAUAGGGAUGAGAUAUUAAAUGGCCUUUUUGGAAUUAAGGACUGUAUGUUUUCUGUCUCAUAAAUUAGCAAAUGAAUAUGGAGUUAGCAGUUUUAUGAUUCUGAUCUACAAAUUAACAUUUUUGAUGCCAAAAUUAGGGUCUUGGUAAGAAAUUUCUAUCAGUUAUUGAAACUGAAGGUGAGUCAGAUUGGUAGCAUGAUGUAAGGUUUUAACAGUUCAGAAGAUCCUCAUGGCAGGUUUAAUAACCAUGGGUUCUUUUGGGGUAAUGUACACACCUAACUGCAUUUGUUUGGACUUCUUCAAUGUUUGAAUGUUUCACUCUGUUGUAAAGUCAGCAUAAGCCAUCAUGUGGGCUUUCUUCAUUCUUCAGCAUAUUAUCCGCUUGGCUUUCUGUUUAUCACUUUUCUGCUGAAAUGUACAUGUUUGGCUCUACUCCUUGGUUAUUUUUAGGCUUAAAAGCAUGCAGUCAGUUUUUCAGCCACUUUUGGAUACUCAUGCAACAUAGCCUACUUUUAUAAAAUCAAAAUGAAGGUCUUCAUACCCUGUACUUGCUAAAAAUCAACUGUGCGCUUGAAAGACCUCUUCAUAGUUGAGUAAUCACCUCAGUACUUAAGCACUUCUGAACUUGGGUUUCAUGCCUGCCCCCCCCAAAUUAUGUUUAGAAGCAGCACUGCAUCUUAGCACAUGCUGCCUCAUCCCUUUCCUUCGGCAGGUGUUCAUGGGAAGUAGGUGGAUCAGUGAAGGCAUAAUGGGCUGUGGAGACCUUCACUUCUAGAUUAUUGAUUCAAAAUAAAAAGAAGCCACAAAGAGU